AUGUUGAGGACCCGACGCGGCGGCGCGUUUCCUCCGCCACCAACAUUUCUCGCCACCGGCUGCCUCCUCCUCCUGCUGAUACUUGAGGAUGCGUCGGCGGCGACGGAGUCGAUGAUGUUGGACACCGGAGGGCUGAGCAGACAGAGCUUCCCAAAGGGUUUCGUGUUCGGGGCCGCCACGUCGGCGUAUCAAGUGGAGGGCAUGGCCGACGGAGACGGUCGCGGGCCAAGCAUUUGGGAUGAAUUCAUUCACUCCAAACCUUAUGGAACUGGGAAGGUGAAUGAGAAAGGAGUUGCUUACUACAACAGAUUGAUAGACUACUUGCUUGAAAAAGGUAUCACUCCUUUGGUAAACGUAUAUCACAAUGAUUAUCCCCUAGCACUCGAUAAAAGAUACAAGGGUCCCUUGGCCCGGCAAUUUGUGAAGGAUUACAGCGAAUAUGCAGAUUUUUGUUUUGCGACAUUCGGAGACAGAGUGAAGAACUGGACGACGAUCAACGAGCCUAGACCCAUCGCUUCCCUAGGGUACGACGUCGGUUCGUUCGCUCCGGGGAGGUGCUCGAAGGCCAUCUUCAACUGCUCCGCCGGAGAUUCUGCAACCGAACCCUACAUUGUUUCACACAACUUGCUCCUGGCUCAUGCUGCGGCGGUCCAUAUCUACCGCAACAAGUUUCUUCACCCCUUGGUCUAUGGGGAGUAUCCGAGAACGAUGCGAGAAAUCGCCGGCGAGAGGUUGCCGGAGUUCACGGCGGAAGAGGCGGCGACGGUGAAGGGCUCCUUCGACUUCAUCGGCAUCAACCAGUACACUGCUUACUAUGUAUCGAAUGAAACUAAGGAGACGCCCAAGGAAAUGACUAGCUACCAGGCCGACUGGAAAGCUAAAUUUUCCUUUGCAAAGAAUGGAGUCCCAAUUGGUCAAACGAUCCCAUCGUCUGUUUGGGUCAUUGACGUGCCGUGGGGAUUGUACAAAUGUUUGAUGUACGUGAAAGAGAAGUACGGCAACCCCACCGUCAUCCUGUCUGAAAACGGUAUGGAGGAGCCUGCGAACGUGACGCUUCCGAAGGCACUGCACGACACGACAAGGAUAAGGUACUACAAAGGUUACCUGAGGCAGCUGAAGAAGGCCGUCGACGACGGAGCCAACGUGGUCGGAUACUACAUCUGGUCGCUGCUCGACAACUUCGAAUGGGCGACGGGUUACGAUUCGAGGUUCGGGAUCGUCUUCGUCGAUCGGAGGGAUAGUCGGCUCAAGCGGUAUCUGAAGAUGUCGGCUUAUUGGUUCAAGAAGCUACUCCAGCGCUAGAUAUAUAUAGCUAGCUAGGCUCUGU